AUGGCCGCGAGGAGUGUGCUUCAGAACGUCAUGGCCCGGCAUCUGUUCUGCUUUGGAUUCAAGGUGGAGGUAGCACUUCACCUGGGCCUGGAUGAUAGCUGCGAUUUUAUUCAGAAGGGAAGAAAAAAACAAAGUGUCCGGAGCAAGGCAGCCCAGGUUCCUCUGCCCAAUCCCGAAUCAGGCCAUUACACCUCACGUGCUAUGAGGCAACAGAGCAAGCGCAGCCAAUCGUGGCUAUAA